AUGGCGGCCGUUUUGGAGGCGCUGCUGCGGAAGGAGGUGACGGCGGCGGCCGCCGUGCGGUGGCUAACGCGCGGAGCCCGAGGAGCGGAGGACGCCCCCCGGGAGGCGGCCGCGCUGGCGCCCCUCGAGCCCCUGCGGAAGGAAUUCGUGCCGUUCCUGCUCAACUUCCUGCGGGAACAGAGUAGCCGCGCCCUCCCCCAAGGCCCCCCGACUCCGGCCAAGGUUCCCGGGGCCUCAGCGGGGCGGCCGGGAGGCCCCGGCACGGCGCGGGGAAGCGGCGGCGGCCGCGGGGUGCGAAGUCAGCUCUUUCCGGCCCCGACUGAGUCACCGGCCGCCUCCUUCGGGGACCCCCCGCUGGCCCGUCGCGGAGGUGGCGGGAGGAGGAGGGGGCCCGUCCGGGAGAGGGGGGGCCGCUGCCCGGGAGGGCCCGAGGAGGGGGGCAAUGGGGACAGCCCUCCCUGGGGAGGGGGCUGGAGGCAGAGGGGCUCGAACAGCCUGAGUCCCUCGCCCGCGGAGCCCCUGAACCUCAGCAACCUGGAGGAGUUCCCCCCUGUGGGCUCUGUGCCCCCUGGCCCAGCCGGGAUGAAACCUUCCCGGAGGAUCAACCCAACGAGGGUGAGCUCAGAGCGGUCUCUCUCCAAGCCCAAGACCUGCUUCACUUCACCCCCAAUCAGCCAAGCCCCCAGUUCCCAGCCCCCAGUCCCAGACACUAGCCCUUGGGGCCUUGACCUUCCUCUAGGGUGCAGCAGUCUUCAGGAGGAACGAGAGAUGCUCAAGAAGGAGCGAUUCAAGCUGCUACAACAGUCACCCACCCCUGCUGGUUCUGCCCUGGAAUCUGGUCUUCCUGUUCCCAGUCGGACAGGGAGUCUUACACCAGAACCUGCCGACCCGGCUAAGGUUUCCUGUCGGCAGAGGCUGGAGUUAGUAGCUAUUGUCUAUUCAUCCUGUAUUGCUGAGAAUCUGGUCCCAAGCCUCUUCUUGGAGCUGUUUUUUGUUCUUCAGCUGCUCACUGUUCGUCGAAUUAUUGAUGUUGAAGAAGAUCAUCUGGAACCCAGCCCUGGGGGUUUCCUCAAGAGGCCACUAUUCCAGAAUAUCCAUGACUGUGUGUUUUUUGCAGUACAGGUUUUGGAGCAUCAGUUCCAGGUUCUCUCCCACCUGGACAAAGGGACAUUGAAGCUGCUAGCUGAGAAUGAGCGGCUGCUUUGCUUCUCUCCUACUUUGCAGGGUCGCCUCCGGGAUGCCUAUGAAGGCAGUACUGCUAAGGUCUCUCUGCUGCUAUCACCUCCUGCCCAGGCUGUCUCCUUUCAGCCAGAAACAGACAACCGUGCAAACUUCUCAAGUGACCGGGCCUUUCAUACUUUCAAGAAACAGAGGGAUGUCUUUUAUGAGGUACUUCGGGAAUGGGAAGAUCGGCAUGAGGAACCUGGCUGGGAUUUUGAGAAAGGCUUAGGUAACAGGAUUAGAUCCAUGAUGAGUCAACUCUCUGCAGCUUCCAGCCACAGCCAUUUUGUUCGACUCUUUCAGAAACAGCUUCUUCAGAUGUGUCAAAGCCCCUCAGGUGCUGGAGGAAUGGCUUUGGGUGAAGCCCCUGACCCAGAUGUAUUAAGCAUGUUAGGAGCUGACAAACUAGGGCGGCUUCGCCAGCUGCAGGAGCGACUGGUGGCUCCUCAGAGUAGUAGCGGCCCUUGUCCACCUCCUACCUUUCCUGGUUGGCAAGGCUUUUUCCGUGACUUCAUCUUAAGUGCCAGCAGUUUCCAAUUUAACCAUCACCUUAUGGACAGUCUCAGUUUGAAGAUCCGAGAACUUAAUGAUCUUGCCCUACCCCAGCACGAACCCAGCGAUGAGGAUGGGGACUCAGAUGUGGACCGGCAGGAGGAAAGAAGGCAGUUUGCUUCAGUGUUGCUGAGUCUCCGCCUUCUGGCCAAAUUCUUGGGGUUUGUGGCUUUCCUCCCUUAUCGGAGCCCUGAGCCACCCCCAACCCGUGAGCUACAAGACUCAGCACUGGCCCUCAGGAACCAGGUGCCUCCUGUGCUAGAUGUGUUGACGUUGCUGCAGCAGGGGUUGCAGAACCAGCAGGCUGUGCUCACUGUGCCCUGGUUGGUGGAAUUCCUCUCCUUUGUUGACCACAUUGCUCCUUUACUGGACUAUUACCAGGGUGUCUUCUCUCUCCUUUUACAGCUAUAUCGAAACCUGAUCCUAUCAGAAGAGAGUGAAAGAAGAAUGUGUUUCUUGAAUAAACUUCUGCUCCUUGCUGUGUUGGGAUGGCUUUUCCAGAUCCCUACAGUUCCAGAAGACUUGUUCUUUUUGGCAGAAGGCCGGCCAGAUACCUCUGAAGUAGCCACAGUGGCUUUGAUGCCAGGCCUGGACACAAUACCUGUUGUGGAUCAGCAACUUCUCUACACCUGCUGCCCUUUCAUAGGAGAACUGCGGAAGCUGCUUGCUUCCUGGGUAUCUGGUAGCAGUGGACGGAGUGGGGGCUUUGUAAGGAAAAUCACCCCAACCUCGACAACUGCCUUAGGACCUCAGGCUCCUAGAACAUCCCAAGGGCUACAGGCAGAGCUAGCCCAGGCCUUCUUCCACAACCAGCCACCUUCUCUUCGAAAGACUGUGGAAUUUGUUGCAGAGAGAAUUGGGUCUAAUUGCGUCAAACACAUUAAGGCAACAUUUGUGGCAGACCUAGUACGACAAGCAGAAUCACUUCUGCAGGAGCAGCUUGGAGAGCAAGAACAGGAAGGGGGUGCCCCGGCCCAGCUUUUGGAGGCCUUGUGUGACCAGAUCUGCCCAGAGGGGACACAAGCCUUAACCCAGGGGCGAGAGUUUUGCAGAAAGAAAGGUCCUGAGGCUGUGCGCGUGCUGCUCCCUGAGGAGACUUCCCCAGCUGUCCUGAGGAGCGCAGAGGAUAUCGCCGUAGGGCUCGCCAUAGAGAAGGCCUGUGCUUGGUUAUCAGCCAACAUCACAGCCCUGAUCCGGAGGGAGGUGAAAGUCGCUGUGAGCAGAUCACUUCGAGGAGCCCAGGGUCCUGAUGUGGCUGCCCAGGGGGAGAGGAGGGGCUGCUCUCGCGCCUGUGAGCACCAUGCUCCCCUCCCCUCCCACCUCAUCUCCGAGAUCAAAGACGUGCUGGCUCUCUCUGUGGGGCCCCGAGAUCCUGAGGAGGGCGUUGCCCUGGGGCAGCUGGAGACACUCCUGGGGCAGCUGAGGGAGACCCUUCAGUGCAGGCAGUUCCUCUGCCCGAUCUCUGAACAGCAGCUUGCAAAGUGCUCUGUGGAAUUGGCCUCUUUUCUCGUUGCCGAUCGAGUCCCAACCCCACACAGGUUGGACAGGGGAGAAGGCCGAGCACUUCUGCAGAUGCUCCUUUCCCUGUGGCAUGAGGACUUCCAAGUGCCUGUUCCACUACAGCUGCUGCUCAGUCCAAGAAAUGUGGGCCUUUUGGCAGAUACCCGGCCCAGAGAGUGGGACCUGCUGCUGUUUCUGCUCCGGGGACUGGUUGACCGGGGGCUAAUGGGACGGGGAGAGAUAGAAACCUGCCUGGGCAGUCUCCACCAGGCCCCAUGGCCUGAGGACUUCUCCAAGGAGCUAGCUACGUUGUCCUGCCUAUUUCUGGCUGAGCCUCAGGUACCAGGACCCCGGCUAAGAGCUUGUGAGCUGCUGAGACCACCUCGGGGCACGGUACUGGCCCAGAGUUAGGGCCACUGCCAGGUCCUGCCUUCGAGCUUAUGUUCAAAAUCUCUGGGCCUCCCUCACCUGACUUACAGCCUCAGUGAAGGAACCAGGAGCCCAGCCCUAUCCCAGAGAGGAGUUUCCACCCGGUGAUCCUUAGGAGAAGCAUCUUGAGCCACUGUCAUCAGACCCAGUGGGCAGAGAUGAGGAGAGUCUAAGUUUCCCACCCAGAGGCUGGGGGGGGGGGGCACUCGGCAGGGAAACGCCGUACCAGUGGGUAUCGUCAGAGACAGGAAGGGCCAACCUGCUGCUUUCCCAGCAGCCUCUUUGGACUUUGUGAUUUUAGAAAAGCAGGAGACCGACUUCCUCCUGUUUACACAGAUGAUUUUUAAAAUUUUGGGAGCUCUGGGCUCCUCAGCUCUGCUCCCAGAUAUUUUUUUCCAUAAAAUGCAUCAUAGAUGCCAGCAACAGAUCACACCUCACUUAAGCAAAACCCAACUUUACCAAAAUGCCUGGUUUCAGGGAAGCCAGGCUGGGCUGAAUUCAUCUUAUUUAAUUUGCUAUCUUUGAACAGGAAAGCAACCCCAUGGGGGAGGGUUUUUUAAAAAAUUCAAAUAAAUAUGAUUUUGUCAAAA